AUGUUUCCUUUACCAACGUUACACUUUACACCACAACAAGUAGCCAAAGUAUGUGAAACUUUAGAAGAAAGUGGUGACAUUGAAAGAUUAGGACGAUUUUUGUGGUCGCUACCAGUGAAUCCUUCUGCUAUGGAAGCUUUGAACAGACAUGAAUCUAUAUUACGGUCUAGAUCCUUGGUGAGUUUUCAUACUGGGAAUUUCAGAGACUUAUACCAUAUUUUGGAAAAUCAUAAAUUCACGAAGGAAUCCCAUGCAAAACUUCAGGCUAUGUGGUUAGAAGCUCAUUAUCAGGAAGCAGAAAAGCUCAGGGGCCGACCCUUGGGCCCAGUUGAUAAAUACAGAGUUCGUAAGAAGUACCCACUGCCCAGAACGAUAUGGGACGGGGAGCAAAAGACUCAUUGUUUUAAAGAACGAACGAGGAACUUGUUACGGGAAUGGUAUUUACAAGACCCUUAUCCUAAUCCGACAAAGAAGAGAGAAUUAGCUCAAGCCACCGGACUCACCCCUACACAAGUUGGUAAUUGGUUUAAAAAUAGGAGACAAAGAGACAGAGCUGCAGCAACAAAAAAUAGGUAA